GACGCUGUGAUCAUGUGACCGCCCACCUUGGUCACAUGAGCCAAUACUUUGCUGCUGAUUCAGGGUCGCAAAUUUUGACCGUCUGAAUGUUCAUUUUUCCUUUGUUUGUCUGCAUUUUGAAGUAGUGAUCGUCACGCGUAUGUUGAUUUUCUGCUCAACCAUAAGAAAUGUCUGUCAUACGGGGAAGGAACUUUAAAACAGGAAGUGUGCUCGCGACCGUUCUGUCGCUAUUACUUCCCGCUGUCAUCAUCUGCUCUGUCAGGAUUAAACCCCUGCUGUUUGAAGAACAGCUGCUGUGGGUGAGCCGGGUGCAAGGGGAGGUGGACACCUUCAGGAUCCCUCUGAUCACCUUCACCCCCAUGGGAAAUCUGCUGGCUUUCGCAGAGGGUAGGAAGUCCUCAUCCAGCGAUACUGGAGCAAAGUUCAUUGCGAUGCGGCGGUCCACUGACAAAGGAUCCACGUGGUCACCGACCAGCUUCAUUGUCGAUGAUGGACUUGUCAAGGACGGCCUGAACCUAGGUUCGGUGGUGGUAGACCAGGAAGUGGGCUCAGUUAUUCUGAUCUACACUUCCUGUUUCCACCUGUACAACUGCCGUCCUGCUAGUACCAUGAUGAUAGAAAGCAUGGAUGACGGCCUGAGUUGGAGUUCCCCCAGAAAUCUCUCGGUCCAGCUAGGAGUCAAGAAUUUUGCUCCCGGACCAGGUUCUGGCAUCCAGAAACGCUAUGAGCCAAACCAGGGAAGGUUGGUGGUGUGCGGUCACGGAACGUUGGAAGGGGAUGGUGUUUUUUGCAUCCUGAGUGAUGAUCAUGGACACACUUGGUUCAAUGGCGCAGCGCUGAAAAGCAUCCCCUACAACCAGGAGAAAAGGCCGCUAGACUUUAAUCCUGAUGAGUGCCAGCCAUUCGAAAUGACCGACGGAAGCAUUGUCAUCAAUGUCCGAAACCAGAACAACUAUCACUGUAGGUGUCGCGUGGUGGUGCGAAGCCGAGAUGGCGGCAUGUCCCUGCCCAUAGACGACCUGUACUUUGACUACGAGCUUGUGGAUCCGGCAGUAGCAGCUGGGGCCUUUCUAAAAGAAGGGGUGAUCUUCUUCACGAACCCAUCGAAUGCACUACAAAGAAUUAACCUUACCUUACGUUGGUCACUGACUGACGGGAACUCCUGGGAGAAGAAGGCCCUGCAGAUUUGGCCGGGCCCAAGUGGUUACUCCUGCAUCACGUCAAUGGACAGUGACUCUCUGGACGACCGGAAACACAUCUAUGUCAUCUACGAGAAGGGCCAGAAAGAUUACGACGAGACCAUCUCAUUUGCCAAGAUCCACCUGUAUGGAGGCCGGUAAUACACAUAAAUCAGAGGGUUUGACUCCCAAAGGAAAAACGGGACCGCUUUCUCAGGAAGGAACAAAAGUGACUUUUUUUCCCCACCUUCCCCACCCAAACUACAGUGAUACCUCGUUAUUUCGCGGUUCGUUUAUCGCGGCUUCAGUGCAUCGCGGAUUUUUUCAAACAUAUUCAU